AAAUGUACUUAUAUGGUACAAAAAAAGGCCUUAUACAGAACAUUGUGUUAAAACAGACAUCACAACGUAAUUCGUCAUUCAAAAUCCUUUAAUUUGAUGGGUCAUACAUUGAUUUCUGAUUAUCCGUUCCAAAGAUACAAAUAUUUGUACAAAAUUAUGAAAAAUCGAAUAAUUUGAAAUAUUUACAAAAAUAUUUUAAGUUGUUUGUUAACAUGCCGGGUGUGUAUGGUUGAUAAGAAAAGAGUGCAGACGUUAUUUUUGUUAAUAUUAACCUCCAAAGAUAUGACAAGCCACAAUGCUAAAAGUCCGGAUGUAGUCGGAUGAGAACAUGUAACCGCAGUUGUUAUUUGUGUAAAUGUUAUCACAUAUUUUUAAAACUAUAAGGUCUUGUUUUUGCAAAACACAUUCAAACAUUUGAUCACGUUCAUGCUGUGUGAAUUUCGCCUAUAAAUACUGAAACAGACGAGCAUAUACCACAGUCGACAUCUGACAGUUUCUACAGUAUAGUUGCAGUGUUCAGUGGAAAAUAUUCAAUUAAGAUAUUCCUAGCGUUCAGACGUGUGCUCUGGUGAGUUUUAUAUAGUUCAGAAGUGUGCUUUGGUGAGUGAUAUAUUUUAAAAAAUUUUUGAUUUUUUGAAAAUUUGUGGUUUUUAUCACAAUUUGUAGUUUUUUUUUUCUGAAAAUUUAUUUUUGAGUUUUUUUGUUAAUUCUCUAGUUUUACGAAAAUUUUACAUUUUAAUUUAGCUUUGAAUUUGCUUAAAAUGUCUUUAAUUGCUGAUUUAAUUGUUAAAAUCGCAUCCAUCUUGGGAUUAAUCCCAAACAAUUAUAAUGAUGAAAAGAUACGAGAAGGCCUCAUGAAAUGUAAUAAGGCAAUCAAAAAUAUCAGGGACUCUAUGAGAUAUGCUAAGACAAUGGGGGAGAAACAGCAUUUGGAAGCCCAGAUGCGGCAAGUGAAAACGCUACGAAAUCAGUUAAAGGUCGAACAAAAGAAGGGGGCGGGACUGACACCUACAAAGGAGACUGCAAAGCAUAGGGUACAAUGGGAUGACUCUUUAUCUGCGUUCAACUCACGAAUUCGGACUGGGGUCAUCUCAAACCUUAAACACAAGGACCCUGGCAGUUUUCUAGUGGAUUGCAAAGCCCUGUUCAAGCGGCGAAUUCAGAACGCACUAAAGAAAGAGGCGGCCGUUAAGGUGAAUAUAGCAUUUGGUGGAGAAUUCGAGAUUGCUCAAGGCGAUAAGAUGAUCAAUGAAACGAAGUACUUUACUACUUCAAACUCAGCCAUAUAUCGGGACACGAAUCUUGAUGAAUGGUUCGAGAAAAAAGUAGUGGAGCCCAUCAGCCGAGACUUGGAAGAAUUCCAAGAACGUGAUUCCGGAUGGGCUCUAAAGGCAGUUGUUAACCUGGGGGUGAAUAUAAACAAAUUUACACCGCAACUUGGCUCCUCCUACAUUGAACUUCCUCCUCAGAUUAAGAGAAAAAAAGCAUGCGUAAAUGUCAAAAAUGAUGAUGAGGCAUGCUUUGCAUGGGCAAUUGUAUCGGCGUUAUAUCCUGCUACCAAAGAUGCUCAAAGAGUUUUCAAAUAUCCACACUAUUCUGAUGUAUUGAAAUUAAAAGGUAUUCAGUUUCCAAUGACCAUCAAACAAAUUCCUAACUUUGAAAAACAAAACAAUAUAUCCAUUAACGCAUAUAAUUUGAAAAAGGAGAAGAAGAACUAUACGACCCUCCCAAUCUUGCUAACAAAGAACAGAAAGGAUAAACAUAUAAAUCUUCUUCUGAUUCAAGAUAAUUAUGACGAGCCGCCUACUCAGUACCAUUACGUUUGGAUUAAAAAUUUAUCCCGCCUCCUUUCCAAGCAGCUUAGCACCGAAGAUGGAACAAAAUAUUUCUGUGAUGCCUGCCUGCAUUACUUUCGAUCACAGGAACAGUUAAAUGCUCAUAAGACAUGCUGCAAAGGUCGAUCAGAUGUUAUCUGUGAUAGGUGCUUACAACCGUUUUCAUCAUCAAAACAGCUUGAAGCGCACACCACCGAUUGCGUAAGAAUUAAUGAAACAGCCAUCAAACUGCCAGACGAGAGUAGAAAAAUGCUAAGAUUUAAGAAUUAUAGGAAUAAGAUUAAAGCCCCCUUCGCCGUAUAUGCAGAUCUCGAAAGUGCAUUGAAACGUACGGGAGAUCCUAAGAAGUAUCAGGAACAUAUUCCUGUAGCAGUUGGGUAUUUCUUCAAAUGCUCAUAUGAUGAUACUCUCUCUUUUUAUAACUCUUAUCGAGGAAAGGACUGCAUGAAAUGGUUUGCAGAUGAACUUAAUCAGCUUGCUGAGAAUGUAUCUACAGUGUUUAUGUGCCCCUAUGAUAUAAAUAUGACAUCUCAGCAGGAAAGAGAUUUUCAUGCUGCCACUCAUUGUCAUAUCUGCGAGCAGCGCUUCUCCCCCAGUGAUAAGAAAGUCCGAGACCACGAUCACAUGAUUCCUGAACAUAACUACAGAGGGGCGGCCCACGAAGGGUGUAACAUUAAUUACAAAGAUGCUCACACUAUCCCAGUGAUAUUUCAUAACCUUAGCGGGUAUGACGCGCACUUCAUUGUUAACGAUAUUGCUACGCAUAUCAAAGGUCCAGUAGAUCUUCUUCCUAUUACUAAGGAGAAAUAUAUCUCUUUUACGAAACAUAUCGAUCAUGCUCGAAUUAAAUUCCGUUUUAUCGAUAGUUUUCGAUUUAUGGCUUCUUCUCUCGAUAAGCUCUCUUCGUAUUUGACAGAAUAUCCUAAUCUCAACUCUCAAUUUUUAUCACUAUCUGAGGAGAAUUUCAAUCUUCUAACUAAGAAAGGUAUUAUGCCAUAUGAUUAUAUCGAUUCAUUCCAAAAAUUCAAUGAAACAUGUCUACCGCCCCAGGAAGCAUUUUACAAUAAACUUGAGGAUAAACCAUGUCCUCGUCGGCAUUAUCGUAGAGCCCAAGAUGUCUGGUCUUCAUUCUCCUGCUCCAAUCUCGGGGAUUAUAUCGAUUUAUACAUGAAAACGGAUAUUCUCCUUCUUGCGGACGUCUUUGAGCAAUUUCGAUCCAGUUGUCUUAAAACAUAUAAUCUUGACCCAGCUCAUUACUUUACUCUUCCCGGCUUCACAUGGGAUGCAAUGCUUAAGCAUACAAAACAGGAACUGGAGCUUUUAACAGAUCCAGAUAUGUUUUUGUUUGUGGAGCGUGGUAUUCGUGGUGGUUUGAGUCAAGUAUGCUCGAAACGUCGCGUCCACGCUAAUAACAAGUAUAUGGAAUCUUACGAUCCAUCAAAGCCCGACUCCUAUCUCAUGUAUUUCGACGUUAAUAAUCAAUAUGGCUGGGCAAUGUCGCAAUUCCUUCCGUAUGGAGGGUUCGAGUGGGUUGAUGCUAACAUCGAUGUUCUGUCCACACCUGACGAUGCUUCUGAAGGGUACUUCCUCGAGGUCGAUCUGGAGUACCCCCAACAUAUUCACGAUCGUCAUAAGGAUCUUCCGUUUUGCCCCCAAUCAUUGAACCCUAAAACUAUGCUUCCUCCUAAACGACCGCGAGAGCAAACCAAAUUAAUGGCUACCCUUCAUGAUAAAGAAAGAUACGUAAUUCAUUACAGAACUUUGAAGCAAGCGCUAGCACACGGAUUGGUGCUCAAAAAGAUUCACCGAGUCCUAAAAUUUAAGCAGAGUCCUUGGUUAAAAUCAUACAUUGACUUGAAUACAAAUCUCCGAAAGGCAGCGAAAAAUGAAUUUGAGAAAAAUCUCUUCAAGCUGAUGAACAACGCUGUGUUCGGCAAGACCAUGGAGAAUGUGCGCAAGCGCGUUGACAUUAAAUUGCUUACUGAAUGGGAGGGUCGUUACGGAGCAGAAGCUAGAAUAAGUAGUCCCCUAUUUAAGAAUGCUACUAUUUUUAAUGAAAACUUGGUAGCUGUCGAGAUGCAUAGAGCGGAAAUAUGGUUGGAUAAACCAAUAUACGUGGGCAUGAGUAUAUUGGAUUUGGCUAAAACCACGAUCUAUGAUUUUCACUAUGGGUAUUUAGAUAGAAGGUUUGGUGAGAACUUUACGACCUGCUAUACAGAUACCGAUUGUGAGAUCGUAGAGAUACGGGAAAAAGAUCCCUAUGAAGCUGUGAAAACAGACUGCCACAAGUAUUUCGAUACAUCUGACUAUCCUAAAGACAAUAUGUAUGGCAUCCCCCAGGUUAAUAAAAAAGUACUUGGACUGAUGAAGGAUGAGAAUAAUGGAUGCAUUAUGACAGACUACAUAGGGCUCAGAUCUAAAUUAUAUACAACAAAAGUAGCUAUCACAGAUAAUGAUAUAAUGAAACUGAGGGGAAAGUUAAUAGAUCAGGAGUAUGAGGACGAUGAGAUUGAAAUACUUAUUAAAAAUUAUGGUGUGACAAAGAAGGCGAAGGGGGUUAAAAAAUCUGUUGUAAAGACUAAAAUUACCUUCGAAGACUAUGUCGAGUGUUUGGAUACCUUUACAACUAAGACAGCCUCGCAGAAUCUUAUACGCUCUGAUAAACACCACGUAUAUACAAUUACACAAAGCAAGAUUGCUCUUAGUCCCACUGACGAUAAACGAUAUCACCUUCCGGAGUCUUAUGAUACGCUACCGUGGGGACACUAUCUAGUUGAUAAUCUUAAGAUGGAUGUUGAUUAGAUUUAACACAAAUCAGGAUUACAAUAAGCCAGCCAUAUUUUAUCAUUUAUCCUUGAUGAUCUGAUUGCCUUUAAGAUUGAUGUUGAUUGAAUAUAGUCAUUUUUUAAACUUUAUUACAACCACAAUAUACAUCUGAAUCAAACAAUUUUUUUAUUAUAUUCCUCUUAUCAUCCUUUAAUAUCACUCAUUAUUUUAAUGUCAUUAAAUAUUAUUUAGUUGAUUGAAUAUAGUCAUUUAUCAAACUUUAUUAUUACAGCUAACAUAAUGCUAUAUAUAUCUGAAGCAGGCCCUUUUAUUAUAUUCCUUUGCUCAGCCUUUCCUACAUUCAUCGUUUUUAUAUAAUAUGAUAAUUGUACUAGAUCAUAGUUAUGCAUCUCAAAAUUAAGUAAAAUUAUUAAGAUUAGCACAUAUAAAAAAAAAAGAUGUUUAGUUAUGACCACUAAAAAGAUAUCUGAUAUGGACCAAAAUAACUGGCAAAUUAAUGAGCCGUUCUGGUUAACUCUAGAACCGUUGCUCGUGUAGCCUCCAAGUUAAGACGAUCGAUAACUUAAUGGUCUUCUUUUUCCCCGAUUUAGUUUUAAGUCUUCGAUAGCCUGUCACAAAACAGGAGUCGGAAAAAUACCUAGUUUUAAGAUUAGAUAACCUAGAGCUACCGCAUUUACCCUCAAUAAUUCAUUUUGAAUACUAUAGUAUCUAAUGAAUUAGAAUUAACACCAAAGUUUCGAUGUUUUAACAUUAAUAUGAAUAAAAGAUGUCCAACAGAUCAAUAAAAAGAUGUCUACUAAACCAAGUUAGAUAAUAAUGUGCUUAUCUUAGUAUGUAAGUUAAGUAUAUGGCUAUCAUUAAAUAUAUUGUCAUAUAAUGUAAAAUAAUUCAUUCCUACUAACCAUCAACUCUACUAACAUGGCGGUCGAUGUAGUCGUACCUUCACGUUGGUGACUGCUGUUAAGAACAUAUUUUUGUUUUUUUUUUUUUAACAAAUUUAUGUUCGACCGAAUUGACUACUUUUCAUUCAUUGCAUGCUAACAUCAUUUUUAUAUGUCAAAUCUUAUCAUGUAGCACCUCAAAUUACAGGAUUUAGAAUGUCAAAUUACGUUGUGAUGUCUGUUUUAACAUCAUGUCAUGUAUAACGCCCUUUUGACACAUUAUCGUUUAUUAUUUGCCUGAUAUGUCGAAUCUCAUCGUAUGACACCUCAAAUUACAGGAUUUUGAAUGACAAAUUACGUUAAGAUGUCUGUUUUAACACCAUGUUAUGUAUAAGGCCUCUUUGGCACUCUAUCAUAUGCUUUAUGUGAUUAUUUAUAAAUUGAUUCUUAUAUUAUGGAUCAGUGUAUUGUUGUAUGCAAACAAGGAUGGAUGUGUUUUUUAAUGUGUGUGCUACUGCUGCGUUGCAUGGCAACAGCAGAUACCUUUUCCUUUUUAAGGUUUUUUUAACCGCAUAAGUGAGUGGAUAAAUGAAAAAAGUUUUAUUUUUAUCAUUUCUUUAUCUCUUCAUUCAUUUUAUUAUACCCCAUAUUUCUAUUGGGCGAUAUCAAAAUAGGAUUAAUAACCAUGGCAGUUUCAUGCAUCUUUAUGUAUUGUCAUUGUAAGCUACACCAUCUAUUAUUUACAAGUACAUUAAACGUGUAAGAAAUAAGACAAGAUAUAUUUUAUAUAAAUUUAUUAUGGAUAUCUAAACAUUACAUUAUAAUUCAUUAAGCCGUGAUUAAUACAUUUGCUUUUUAAAAAAAGCCGUUCAGAUUCUUCGUUGGAGCAGAACGCAGUGAAUUCAUUAUUUUUCUUUAUGUGAUGUAUAAGUUUGCAUGCAUAUCCUCUUCUCCGAUGAUUAGGUAAAGUGUAUACGUAUUCUAAUACUCUUGGUACAUCAUGUUGUCCAAGUGGAUCAAAGUCACGUUUCGAUAAGAGUACAAAUGAUGCUGGUACUCCGCUGACAUAAAAGAUGUAGCAGGUAACUUUUGUGUUUGUCAUCCAUUGAUCAAUAAGUAUAUCAUCUACAUUUAACUGCUUAAUUUUUCUGACUGCGUUCGGACCUCUGAACAACUCAAUUUUUUCCAUCUUGCUUCAUCGAUUGAUUGAAUGAUACUGAUUUUUGCUUUAUUCAUUCUAUCAUGUAUCUGUGAAUUUUGAAGGAGUGGGGGAACGUCAUAGUAUUCUAUCGCGUAUCUGUGAAUUUUCCAUGAGUGGGGGAACGUCAUAGUAUUCUACACCGAAGGUUUAUAUAUCAUAUAAACGUUGUAUACAUUAUUAUGUUCCGUUUACGGAAGGAUUAGAGUUAAUAAUAAACAUAAAAACUAGAUGGCAAAUGUAGUCUCCUAUAUAUUGAAUAGACGAUUAUUUAACUAUAAAAGUAAAAUACCAACCUACAUAAUAUUACCCUCCUUGCCGUAGAUAAAAUACAGUAUGCGAAUCGCAAUACCAUUUUUUUUGUUUGGUGAUUUUCAUGAUACUACCCAACUUUCCGUAGAAAAGACUUGUACAUGAGAUGUUUGCUGGUUUGGCCACAGCGUAUGAAUGGUAUAUGUUCAUUGUAGGAAUGUAUGAUUGGAGGGAGAUCGAGGAUGUUUGUUGGUCAUACUGUAAGUAUGGUAUACGUUGUUCUAGAUGGCUUGGGCAUAGUUACAUGUUGCAGCCGACAGGUGGCGAUUUGUAUGACGAGAUUAUCAACUGUGAUAGGAUGUUUGAUGGAUUGGUCAUACUGUAAGUAUGGUAUACGUUCUUCUAGAUGGCUUGGGCAUAGUUACAUGCUGCAGCCGACAGGUGGUGAUUUGUAUGACGAGAUUAUCAACUGUGAUAGGAUGUUUGAUGAUUUGGUCAUACUGUAAGAAUGGUAUACGUUCUUCUAGAUGGCUUGGGCAUAGUUACAUGUUGCAGCCGACAGGUGGCAUGAUUAGGCGAAGAACUGUAAUAGACGUGGAAUCCCCAUUAAGUUGACAGGUCAAAAUAUCUCCAAUAGCAACAAAUAUAUCACCGUUUUGGCAAUGUUGCCAUGUUUCUCCUUUCCUUCAACGUCUGUUGCGUUAAAAUCAAUAGCAACGAAGAUAUAGUGCUGUUUUGUCAUUGCUGACAUCUUUGUUUUUAUGUUAACAUAUUCAAUAUCCCCUCUUUUUCCAACAAGACCUUAUUCACAAAAAUUGAACUAAUAGACACGAAGAUACGAUAUAGUGCCGUUUUGGCUAUGCCGCCAUCUUUGUUUUUUUUUUUUUGUGUUAACGUAUUCGUCACCCCCUCCCCUUUCCGGUGAUACCUCACACGUCACGAUCUGACGAGCAGUCGCGCCUCCACCACAAAAAGCGUCAAAAAUGACCAGAAUGGACCUUAAAAUUUCUUAUGGAGAUUUACAUGUAAAAAAGCGUCAAAUUGCGCUAGAACUGUUGCUGCCCCUUUACUAGUAGGAGCAUAAUGAUUGAAUUAUCUCGUUUUGACUCUGAUAUUAUUGCAUGGAACCCAUUUUUGAUUGUAAAACUAUAAAAAUUCUUUUAACUACUUGAAAUACCUGUGUUUUGGCGAUAUGUGGGCAAAUUUUCAGCCAAAUAGUGGUACAUAUAUUAUAUUUUAGGAAUGGAGGAAAAUAUAAAAAAAAGGAAAGUAUUUAAGGUUUUCUACAUUAAUAUUUGACCAGAAACUUGUUUUGAAUCAAAAUAACUUGUAUGUGAUAUUUUUGAGUCCCUUCUAUGAAAACAUUGUUUUUUCUAUUGAU